GUAAAUUUGCCGUCGGUUUUGCUUACGGUUCUGCUAGGAUUUACGAAGGACCCCUAUCCGUACAUUCGUGGUGUUGCUUUGGAUGGAUUAGCUGAUUUGUGCAAGUGCAUAGUUGUGGAAGAUGAAAGUCUCAUCCACGGUUGCUAUCUUCGAGCUGUUGAGCUUCUGUUUGACUCCGAGGACUCAGUGCGAUGCUCUGCUGUUCGUGCAGUUAGUGCAUGCGGGCAGUUAAUUGUGGCAUCUAAACAAGAGAGAAGUAAAAGGGACUGGUCUGAUGCAUUAUUUCUGCAGCUAUGUUCAAUGGUGCGAGACAUGAGUGUCAAGGUCAGGAUUGAAGUUUUUAUUGCCCUAGGGAAGAUUGAAAUUGUUUCGGAAUAUAUUCUGUUACAAACGCUAUCUAAGAAAUCUUCAUCUGCAACAAAAGAAAUGAAUUUCCCUGGCCAGUACACUAAAAAAAUUUCAGGAUACCAGCAUCGAGUGCUAGUUUUGCUUUUCUACAUGGGCUGGAGGAUGAAUUUAGUGAGAUUACAAGCUUUAGAUACCAUGCAUCAUAUGGCGAUGGUUGGCCAUCUAAAGGUGCAACAAGCGAAUCUGCAUAUGGUACUUACAAGGGAAAUGUUGACUACUGCAGACCAUUUUGUACUACAGUGUCACUUCUUUGAUUAUAAAAUUCAAUGCUAACUAGAAAUAGGGGGAUCAACAGAGCAUAUGCCUAUGCCACCUUUUGUAUAGCUUUUUUGUGCUUUCGACUACGUAGCGAGUCAUAUAGAUAAAAGCAUCUCUUGUGGAAUGAUACACACCCCAAUAUCCAAUGCCACUUUUCUGCCAAAUUAAUUGGAAAGAGGACAUGAUCAACCUGGUGCCAUGGAGUGUUACAAUGCAUUCUAAAUCCUUUCAUGUACUCCAUGAUGCCAUCUGAUCUGUCAAUCAAAUGAUCUUGUUUCCCACCUUUUACAAAUUAUGUGAAAACCCUUUGAAUGAUAUUAUUAAAAAGAGUAUCUGUAGUUGUGACUU